CAAAUAUUUCUCUUGACACGCCCUGGCUUCCGUGGAGAUCGAAGAGACACAGCGGGAGUGGUGAAAAUUGGAUCGCGUGGAAUGCAGCGAUCCACUUCGAUUUGCGAGGCAAAUAGAAGCAUCGAUCAAGGCAUCUAGGAAAUAAUCGGUCCCUUCUACUCUCCGUCCUUUGCGUAAAUCACUCGCUGCAACCUCCGUGAAAAUCACUGUUCUCUUUCGCCACCAACGCCGGCCACCCUCUUCGCAGGCUCAUCAGCCGGAGGGAGUAUGUGACCAGGGUUCACUUCAGUACUUCACCACAAUAAACCCUUCUCUGAAAUCUCGACUUCCGCUGUCUUUAUCGUCCGAGCAGCACCUCCACGCUUAGGCUCUCGCAAAUGUCCGCAAUACUUAGGCGUCGGCGUAUCUUGUCCUUUUUUACGGGGAACAAUCGCUACCUCUCCUCCAACGCCGCCGCGGAUCCUCCCACGGGGACAAUUGUUCCUUCUUCAGCAGUACUCGGCAACCAGCCUCCGCCGCCUCAUACUUCAGCUCCGCCACCUCAUUCCGCCGGUUCUGGAAAGAAACCGUGGGGAUUCCUGAAGUAUUCUCUCAUUGCCGCCCUCACAGGCGGUGUUGCCGCUACUAGUUAUGCUACCUACGCAUUCUCUCUGGAUGAAGUUGAUCAGAAGGCCCGGCAAUUUCGGGCUGCUUCAAAUUUUACUGCCAGUGAUGAUGCACCUGGUGUUGACAAAAUUAAAGCUCAAAUGUAUUCUUCUGCAAUGACAGUACCUGCCAAGAUAGUUGAACUUUACCUAGAUUUGAGACGAUUGGCAGAAGAGCAAAUUCAAGGUUUUACGGAACCAUUAUCAGAUAACCUGCUCCCGGAUUUGCAUCCCAUGGAGCAGCAUGUGUUUACUAUUGUACUUGAUCUAAAUGAGACACUGAUAUACUCUGAUUGGAAGCGUGACAGAGGAUGGAGAACUUUCAAGAGGCCUGGUGUUGAUGCUUUUCUGGAACAUUUAGCCCAAUUUUAUGAGAUCGUAGUGUACACUGAUCAGCAGGGAAUGUAUGUUGACCCUGUUGUUGAAAGGUUGGAUCCAAAACAUUGUAUACGGUUUAGGCUAUCAAGAAGUGCAACCAAAUAUCUCAAUGGCAAGCAUUAUAGAGACCUCUCUAUGCUGAACAGAGAUCCCAAGAAGGUUAUUUAUAUCAGUGGUCAUGCACUUGAAAGUAGCCUUCAACCAGAGAACUGCAUGGAAAUCAAGCCAUGGAAAGGAGAAGUUGAAGAUACAACACUUGUGGAUCUUAUUCCAUUUCUUGAAUAUGUUGCCAAGCAUAGACCAGCUGAUAUUCGAACUGUUCUAGCUUCAUAUCAAGGACGUGAUGUUGCCAAGGAGUUCAUUGAACGGUCCAAGGAACACCAGAGGCGAAUGCAAGAGAAAAAAGGGCAUGGUCGCAUGUGGCGUCACUAGAGGCACUGCCAGCAUCGGUUUACCAUGGUGGGAUUACUAGACUUUUGAGAUAACCUAUACUGCUAUGUAGUGGUGCCCAAUUUUUUUUGUUGCGUGCUUUAUAAUCCUCUUGUGCUCCUCGUUCUUCGUCUAUCAACUCUCUACUGAUGUUCCGCAUUUGUCGCGACCUCCAUUUCGACUCCCUUAUUUUUAGCCGAUUGUUUCUUUUAUCAAACAAUAACCCCUUACAUGAAAUGAGGACUUAACACCUUUUUAUUUUUUCUAUUUAUAAAAGCACCAUCAUAUU